GAACCUCGCCUUCCAAGGCCACACAGUGUGAGCGGAGGAGUGACAGGUGGAACCAGGCAAGACAGAUUAAACAUUAAUGCAACUGUCACUACUGCCCAGAAAAGCCAGUGCCUUGCAGUCUGACAGUAAAGUUGCCUUGUGGCCUGAGGCUGAGCAGCAGACAGUGACCAGCAGCAAUGAUCGAGUUUGGCCAAGUCCUGGAUGAAAUUGGUGACUUUGGUCGCUUCCAAAUCCAGCUACUGGUCCUGCUGAGUAUCCCCAACUUCCUGUCUGCCUUCUACUUUUUUGCCCAGAUCUUCAUGGUUCUGGAUGAGACCCACUACUGUUUGGUGGCCUGGGUCAAGAAUGAGACGUUAAAUCUGAGCAUUUCCGAGCAGCUGAGCCUGGCCAUACCUCUAGAUGCUGCAGGGAACCCCGAGUCCUGCCUCAUGUUCCGACCACCCCCUGACAACGCCAGCCUGGAGGACAUCUUGGGCCACCGUUUCAAUGAGACGCAGCCUUGCGAUUCGGGCUGGGAAUACCCCGAAAACAAGGCUCUGUCUCUACAGAGAGAGUUCAACCUGGUUUGUGGCCAGAAGCAUCUGAAGGAGACGUCGCAGUCCGUGUUCAUGGCCGGGCUCCUCGUCGGGGCUCUCGUCUUUGGGCCCCUCUGUGACCGGAUUGGUCGAAAGAUCACUGUUCUGCUUCAGUUGCUGCUCUUUGGCCUCAUGGGCCUGGCCACAGCCUUCAUGCCCAGUUUUGAGUUGUACAUGGUCCUGCGUUUUGCUGUGGCCACCGCCGUCGCUGGAUAUACGUUUAGCAAUGUCGCCUUGCUUUCAGAGUGGACUGGGCCCUCAAGGAGGACUCAGGCAGUGGUCCUGGCCCAGUGCGCCUUCUCCGUCGGACAAAUGGUGCUCGCGGGACUGGCCUAUGGGGUCCGGAACUGGAGGCUCUUUCAGAUUGCUGGCUCAACGCCCGUCUUUCUGCUUUUCUUCUACAUUUGGGCUCUUCCAGAGUCUGCGAGGUGGCUCCUGACCCAGGGGAAGGUGGAGGAAGCCAAACAAUUGAUCCAAAAGGCCGCCAAAGUCAACAAGCGGAAACUCUCCCCUGAGCGCCUGAGCCAGCUAGUCCCAGAAAAGACUGUCCCCUCAGGGAAUGUCCUGGAUCUGUUCAGACACCCCCAGCUCCGGAAGAUGACCCUGAUUCUCUUCUGUGUCUGGUUUGUGGACAGUCUGGGGUACUUUGGACUGAGUCUCCAGGUAGGGGACUUCGGCUUGGACAUCUACCUGACGCAACUAAUCUUCGGGGCUGUAGAGGUGCCCGCCCGCUACUCCAGUAUUUACAUGAUGCAGUGGUUUGGCCGCAGGUGGAGCCAGAUGGGCACUCUGAUUCUGGGAGGCCUCAUGUCCAUCAUCAUCAUCUUCAUCCCGGCAGGUCAGCCAGUGGUGGUGACUGUGCUGGCUGUGGUGGGGAAGUUUGCCACCGCUGCCGGAUUCACCAUUUCCUAUGUGUACUCUGCUGAGCUCUUCCCCACCAUCCUCCGGCAGACGGGCAUGGGGCUGGUGGGCGUCUUCUCGAGGAUCGGGGGCAUCCUCACACCGCUCGUGAUCCUGCUGGCUGAUUACCACGAGGCCCUCCCUAAGGUCAUCUAUGGCAGCCUUCCCAUCGCGGCAGGCCUGCUCUGCAUCCUGCUCCCCGAGACUCGCGGGCAGCCCCUGAAGGACACCAUCGAGGACCUGGAGCAGGGGCCCCACCCUCGGUCUCCUAAGCAGAAGCCAUCAGAAAAGGAUUCGGGAGCCAAAGGGACAACCUCCAGCACAGGGGUGGCCUUCAUGAGCAGCACAUACUUUUGACUGUAUCUCUAAAGGCCAGAGCAUUGGCUGUGGGGGGGCUGCCCCCUGAAGAUGGCUGGGCCCCGUGAGCAAAGCCAGCCUUGCUUAAGGGGCAGCACAUACCAUGCCCUGGCCUCAGCACCCUGCUCCUGCCAAACCCAGCCCUAGUAGCUUCUGGGACAGCCCCCCCCCCCCCACACACACACAUUUCCCUCUUCCCUGGGUCCCCAACACCCUGGUCUGGCUUAGUGUCCUGGGUGUGUCUUGACUGAACUUCUUCAACAGUCUCAUGGGGAUGUGGCUCCCCUGAUCUCCUCAACCUGGGGUCCUCAUGUCCUCAAAAUACAGUCAAGGGGCUGGGUGGUAGCGCAUUGGGUUAAGUGCAUGUGGAGUUAAGCGCAAGGACCAGCCUAAGGAUCCCGGUUUGAGCCCCAGUUCCUCACCUGCAUGAAGCAGGUCUGUAGGUAUCUAUCUUUCCUCUCUGUCUUCUCCUCCUCUCUUGAUUUCUUUCUGUCCUAUCCAACAACAACAAUAACAACAAUAAUAAUAAGGGCAACAAAAAUUGGAAAAAAUGAUCUCCAGGAGCAGUGGGUUUGUAGUGUAGGCACCGAGCCCCCAGUGUUAACCCUGGAGGGAAAAAAAAGGAAAAAAAAUAGUCAAGUCCAGAACAGAACACUGAGGUAGGGCCCUUUCAAGCAUGUGGGAGGAGAAGAGGGUGGAGGAGGGUGGAGAUGGAUGAGAAGGAAGGGGAGGAGGAGGAGGAAGAGAAGAAGUAGGAAGAGGAGGAGGGGGACGUAGAUGAGGAGAAGGAAGAA